AUGGUACAAGAAAUACCACAAGACGUAAUAGAGAAUAUAUUUUUAUAUAAUAAGAACUAUAUUUCAAGCUUAAGAUCAAUGUCUUUGGUGAAUAGAUUAUGGUGUAAUAUAGGCACAAAACUUUUAUGGAUGGCUCCAUUUUCAUUCUGCAUCGACUCUAGUAAACUUUAUAAAAUCAUUUCAGUAUAUGUAUCAUAUCUAAGUCCAAAAUCAGUAAAAUUUUUAUUAGAAAGUAAUAUUCCUAAAUUUCCACAAUCAAAAACAGCCUUUGAUUAUCCUUCUUAUUUAAGGGAGAUAGAUGUCAAAGAAUUACAUGAAGCUGCAACUGAAUGGGUUAGAUAUCAAUAUGGAGAAAAUUACUAUAGUGAUAACAAUAAUAUUUAUUAUCCAUCAGUUCAAUCAACUGAUACUGUUGUUAGUGAUGAAGAUAAUGAUCUAAGUAGUAAUGAUUUAGAUAGUGAUGAUGAGGGAGAUGUCACUCCCUCCUAUAUAAUGCAUUUAGUGGCAGAGUUGUGUAAAGUGUUCAUCUCAAGAUCCAAUAAAAUUGUCAAAUUAUCAAUUGGAGAUAUCAGUUUUCAUAAUGAUUUAUUUCAAGAUUUACCAAGUUAUCCUAAUGCCAAACAAUGUUUAUCACAUCUUAAAAUUUUAAUUUAUAAAAGAAAAAUUCUCAAUGGAAAAUUUCUACGCAGAUUAGCUAAAUAUUCACACAAUAUUUCCAACAUGAUAAUUGAUAAUUAUGGGCAUAAAUCAUCAGAUAAAUCUGUUAAACAGUUAGCUAAUCUAAUAGAAAAGCAAAAAUCCUUGAGAAAGUUUAGUUUAGAAGGUACCAGUUAUGAUAAUAUUGGAGUAAUUAUAAGUCUAAUGCAAAAUCAAUCCAAUUCAUUGAUUGACUUUAAUUUAUCAUAUUUUACAACUCCUUUGAGUUUUGAUAAGGAACAAAUCAGAUUUAUAAUGAGGAUUCUUCAUAAAUCAAAUUUCCCAAAUUUGAAUUGUUUACAUUUAAGUUAUUAUUCUCGAGUAAAAGAAUAUCCAUUCACUGAUUAUUUUCUCCAAAUCAUGCAAAAAGUUGGUGAAAAGUUGAAAUCUUUGACACUAGAAUUUUAUUUUAAAACAAAUCCCUAUAUAAUAGAAUCAAUAAAGGAUUUUUGUCCAAAUUUACGUGAAUUAUCAUUAACAGUUGGUACUGCUGGUGGUCUAGAAGAAUUCCUGGAUUUUCUUGAACAUUAUAAUUCCACAUUAUAUCCAAGACAAAUUUCAUAUAGAAAUUUUGGGAGAUUAUGGACAAAGAAUGAAGACUAG